GAAAUGAUUAAAAAUUGGUGUAAAAAUGCAGGGAAGGGAGUUACUUAUGAAUUCCUUCAAAAAGGUUUAUGCCGCAAACUAACGCCUACGGAUUCUUCCGAUCCUUGGUGGAAUGCUUUGACUAGUGUUCUUAAAGAAGAAAAUUGUAAAUUCCAAAAGGAAAUAUUUAUUGGCGGAACAGACGCCAGAUAUUGCCGAGGGGCUGGAAUUCCCGCUAUUGGCUUUUCUCCAAUGAUUAACACACCUAUACUUUUACAUGAUCACAAUGAAUAUUUGAACGAAAAUGUGUUUUUAGAAGGUGUCCGUUUAUAUACAAAAAUAAUUCCGAGAUUGGCUAAUUUGGAAGAAUUUAAAUGA